AUGGAGGCACUUCCCAUUUUCAUGGACACGAUUUUCCCUGCUUGGGCUGCUAUUUUAAUCUCAGGAAUCUUUGUCCUUGCAUUUGUGGAGAUCAUCCCUCAGGCAGUUUGUUCUAGAUAUGGAUUAAGUCUUGGUGCAAAACAAUCCGCCUUGGUUCGAUUGCUGGCUUUAUUCUUCUUUCCACUAUCAUAUCCAAUCAGUAAGGGCAUUGCUUUAGGACUCUUGUUCUUCAGCCAAGUUGAUCGUGAGGGCCUUGUUAAAUCUGGUCAGUUCCAAGACCAGAAAAAUGCAGAUUUUCCUCUUGUUAAGAAUGAGCACUUGCUUUUAUGCACCCUUCUCAUGGGCAAGUCACUGUCAAUGGAGGCACUUACAAUUUUCCUGGACACAAAAAUUCUUCCAUCUUGGGCUGCCAUUCCUAUCUCAGUCACCCUUGUAAUGGCAUUUGCAGAGAUUCGUAUUAGGGAAUAUGUAUGUUCUUGGUAUGGACUAAGUAUUGGUGCGAAAAUGUUUCUCGGUCGACCGCUUCUUCUGGUCUUCUUCCCCAUAUCAUAUCCCAUUGGUAAGCUGUUGGAUUGGCUGCUUGGAAUGAGACACUCUGUGCUAGUAAGACAAGCUGGGCUAAAGACUUUAGUUGAUUUGCAUGCACAUGAGGCAAGAAAAGGUGGAGAAUUGUCACAUUAUGAAACAGCUAUCAUCGCUGGUGCAAUGGAUUGAACACAGAAAACUGCUAAAGCUAUAACACCUGUAUCCAAAACCUUUUACCUCGAUAUGAAUUCCAAGCUCAACAUGUAUGUUAUUUCAUUAAUAAUGAGCAAAGAUCAUAGUCAUUUUCCUAUUUACUGUGGCGGUCAAAAGAAUAUAAUCGGCCUCAUCCUAGUUAAGAAUUUAAUCUUCUGCCACCUGGAAGAUGAAAUCCCAGUAAUAUAUAUGACCCUGAGAAGAAUGCCAAGGGUUUAUGAUAAUUGGCCAUUGUAUGAUAUAUUGAACCACUUCUUGAAGGGUCAAAGCCAUAUGGCCAUUGUUGUGAAGUCUAAGGAGGAUUUUCCAAACACUGAAAUCAAUGUGGUAGACAAAUCUGACAUGCUCAAAAUGAGUCCUAAUCCAAAGGAAGCAGGGAUCCCACAUCGGUUAGAAAGAUGA